AUGAAGUGCCCCAUCUGCCACGACCUCGUCGACCGCCCCGUCACCGUGCGACCUCCCUCCACCCUUCCCUCCCCGUCACCGUGCGACCUCCCUCCACCCUUCCCUCCCCGUCACCGUGCGACCUCCCUCCACCCUUCCCUCCCCGUCACCGUGCGACCUCCCUCCACCCUUCCCUUCCCGUCACCGUGCGACCUCCCUCCACCCUUCCCUCCCCGUCACCGUGCGACCUCCCUCCACCCUUCCCUCCCCGUCACCGUGCGACCUCCCUCCACCCUUCCCUCCCCGUCACCGUGCGACCUCCCUCCACCCUUCCCUCCCCGUCACCGUGCGACCUCCCUCCACCCUUCCCUCCCCGUCACCGUGCGACCCUCCUCAUUGCCCUCGUGCUUCCAUAGCUGCGCUCGUCACUCAUUCCCCCCGCCGCCCGCCUCUCUUCAUCCCUUUUCCCCCCGUUCGUCCAUUCUCUCCUCAUGCCCCCUCAACUCCCCUUUCCCCCAUCUUUCUCCCCCCAAUGCCCGCCAGACCCCCUGCGGCCACAACUUCUGCCUCGUGUGUUUCCGCAAGUGGCUGGCGCAGGGUAAGCGCAGCUGCGCCAAGUGCCGCCGCGCGGUGCCGCCCGACAUGAUGAAGCAGCCGCGCAUCAACCCCGUCAUCGUCGCCGCCAUCCGCCACGCCAAGGCCGCCGCCGCCCGCGCGGCCGCCGGCGGGCUGUCCACGUCAGCACCAGCGAAGCCGUACGAGCCAAUCUGCAACGAGAAGCGGCCCGAUCAGGCGUUCACCACGGAUCGCGCCGUGCGGAAGGGGCUCUCUAACGCCGCCUCGGGCCGCAUAUUUGUGACUAUAGCGGGGGAUUUUUUCGGGCCAAUCACGGCGGAGUACGAUCCGGAGAGGGGGACGGGCGUGGAGGUGGGCGAGACGUGGGCGAGUCGGCUGGAGUGCCGGCAGUGGGGCGCGCACCUGCCGCACGUGGCAGGCAUCGCGGGGCAGUCCCACCAUGGCGCGCAGUCAGUGGCGCUGUCGGGAGGUUAUGAGGAUGACGAGGACAACGGCGAGUGGUUCCUCUACACUGGCAGUGGGGGGCGGGAUCUGAGCGGCAACAAGCGCACCAACAAGGUGCACGCGUUCGACCAGCGCUUUGAGAAGAGCAACCAGGCGCUCAGGCUCAGCUGCCUCAAGGGCUACCCCGUGCGCGUCGUCAGGUCGGAGAAGGAGCGGCGGUCCAGCUAUGCACCCCAGGCAUGCGUGCGGUACGACGGCGUCUACCACAUCGAGCGCUGCUGGCGCAAGAAGAGUAAAGUGGGCUUCCUCGUGUGUCGCUACCUCUUCGUGCGCUGUGACAACUCGCCCGCCCCCUGGACCAGUGACGACGUGGGGGACAGCCCGGGGAGGAAGCUGCCGCAGGUGGCGGAGUUGAAGCAGGCAGUGGACGUCACAGAGCGCACCGGCCCGCCCGCCUGGGACUGGAUUGAGGAGAAGCAGCAGUGGGGGUGGGUGCGCGCGCCCCCAGCAUGCACCAAGCCCAUCGGUGGCACCAGCACAGCAUGGCGCUCCGCCAAGCGCCUCGCGGCAGGCGUGCGGUACGACGGCGUCUACCGCAUCGAGCGCUGCUGGCGCAAGAAGAGCGCCGUGGGCUUCCUCGUGUGUCGCUACCUCUUGGUGCGCUGUGACAACUCGCCCGCCCCCUGGACCACUGACGACGUGGGGGACAGCCCGGGGAGGAAGCUGCCGCAGGUGGCGGAGUUGAAGCAGGCGGUGGACGUCACCGAGCGCACCGGCCCGCCCGCCUGGGACUGGAUUGAGGAGAAGCAGCAGUGGGGGUGGGUGCGGCCGCCCCCAGCAUGCACCAAGCCCAUCGGUGGCACCAGCACGGCAUGGCGCUCCGCCAAGCGCCUCGCGACGCCUAAAAGAGAGGCUAGCGGUGGCAGCACGGGCGAGGAUGUGAAGAAGCACAGAGCGCUAGCACAGAAGCGGCUUGCCAAAGGUGUGGCAGGCUGGGUGAUGGGAGGGUCUGGGCUGUGGGUCGUGACUGACUUCGCGUGUCUGCUGUGUGGGGGAGUGCUGCGCGCCCCGGUGUCCACGCCCUGCCAGCACAGCUUCUGCCUCGCGUGCCUGCAGCAGCGCUUCCACGGGCAGGCCAACACACGCGACCGCUCCAAGACCGCGGGGCGGUCGCUGCGCGCACAGAAGAUCGUGAAUCACGACAUGGCGGAUUUGAUCGCCAUGCCGCUUGCAGAGACGAAUGCACCAGAUGCAGAGGAGGGGGAGGACGCAGGGGAGGGCGGUGAGGAGGAUGGGGAGGAGGGCGCAGAGGGAGAGGAGGAUGAAGAGGAUGAGGGGAAGGGCAGUAGAGGUAAGGACGAAGGGAAGGAACGCGAUGGUAGCAUGGAAGGUGCAGGAGAGGAGGGGGUGAAGGAGGAAGGGGGGAGCACGGGGGUGCAAGUGUUAAAUGCGAUUGGUGCUGCGGGGAGCGGAGGUGGUUCAGGUGAGGGGAAGGCCAAGGGCGCGCAAGGAGAGGUCGAUGGGGGAAGGGAAGGCAGUGUUGAUGGCGGAAAGGCUGGGGGAGGAGGUGCGUUGAGUGCCACUUCAGAGGCACUGGUGGCGUGCAGCUCGCUGGCAGCCGCUUCAGAGGGGUUGCGGGAAGUGAUGAGGGCCUGCCCGUGCGAGACAUGCUGGUGCUGGGAGGGGGAACGGGGGGGUGUGGGGGGAGAAUGGUGCUUUGUGCGAAGGGGGAGAGGGGGGAAGAAUGGUGCUUUGUGCGAAGGGGGAGAGGGGGGGAGAAUGGUGCUUUGUGCGAAGGGGGAGAGGGGGGGAGAAUGGUGCUUUGUGCGAAGGGGGAGAGGGGGGAAGAAUGGUGCUUUGUGCGAAGGGGGAGAGGGGGGAAGAAUGGUGCUUUCUGCGAAGGGGGAGAGGGGGGAAGAAUGA